AAUCGCGUGGUUUGUUAGCGGGGUCGGAGGUGAAAGGAUCGGAUGCUGCGCUGGAGUGAGUGGCUGAGGGAAGAGACAUGGCCGAGAGACCAGAAGACCUGAAUCUGCCAAAUGCUGUCAUUACCAGGAUUAUAAAAGAGGCGCUCCCAGAUGGAGUGAAUGUAUCAAAAGAAGCCCGCAGUGCAAUAUCCCGAGCAGCUAGUGUUUUUGUUCUCUAUGCAACUUCCUGUGCAAAUAAUUUUGCAAUGAAGAGCAAGAGGAAAACACUGAGUGCCUCUGAUGUGCUUGCAGCGAUGGAAGAGAUGGAGUUUGAUCGCUUCAUUACUCCACUGAAAGAUGCAUUGGAAGCUUACAAGCGAGAGCAGAGAGGAAAGAAAGAAGCUUCAGAACAGAAGAAGAAGGACAAGAAGCCUGAGAAUGAGGAACAUGACAAGAGUAAAGAAGAUGAGAAUGAAGAAGAUACAGAAGAGUUAAAAAUGGUGGAAGAUGAUGAGCAAAAAGAAGUUGAAAAUGAGGAAGAGGAUGUUGAAAACUGAGGGACUUGCUAAUGACUACAUGUGACUGAAAUAGGAAUGACAUAUUUGGAAAUUAGCAGUGAUCCCACUGCUUCUUCGCAUUAUUGCAAUGCAUUCCUACAGCUCUGUUUAAGGGCUUUAUAUAUUUGGUUGGUACCACUAAGGAAGAGUUAGUGGGUCAACUUUCUCUGAUUUUGUACAGUUGGAUGAAAUUGAAAUCUUUUCUAUUUAGUUAAUCAUUUGAGUUUUUUUUUGUAAAACGAUGUUUGAACAAUGCAUUCUGAAGUAUACCUUUUUUUGCACUCUUAAUUGUUAAUAAAAUAGUAAUAGGAACCUGGAAUUGACUAUACUAAUUUACAAGGUGGCACCUAUAUACAGUAAUUAUUGGUUUAUAUAUGGUGGGUCAAUUGUCAUUGUGAUGUUUGUGUGUAUAAUUACAUGGGAGCUAUUGGAAGAUUAUUUGUGGUUGCUGAUUAUUAGCCAAGUUACAUUAAUUGGUCAACAAACCCAGCCUGCUUCUGCAACUGUUCACUAUACAAUUGGUGGUAAAGGCUGAUAUUGUGCAGUACAUAGACCACAAGAUAUCCUGCACCCUGUGCCAGAAAGCGCUCACACAAAAUGCUGGAGGAACUCAGCAAGCCAGACAGCAUCUAUGGAAAAGAGUAAAUAGUCGACAUUUUGGGCCAUGACCCUUCAUCGAGAGUGGAAAAGAAGUGGAGAAAUUAGUAAUAAGGUGGGGGGACGGGAGGAAGAAGUGCAAGGUGGCAGUUGAUGGGUGAAACCAGAAGAAGGGGAGGGGGUGAAGUAACGAGCUGGGAAGUUGAUUAAUGAAUGAGAUGAAGGGCUGGAGAAGAGAAUCUGAUAAAAGUCAGAAGACCCUGGAAGAAAGGGAAGGGGGAGAAGCACCAGAGGGAGGUGAUGGGCAGGCAAGGAGAUGGAGGUGAGCAAGGGAAACAGGAAUGGGGAAUGAAGAGAGGGGUGCAAUUACUGGAAGUUUUCUUUUCAACAAGAAUUCAGUGAAAGCCUCUCAGUGCUCCGCACCCCCACCAGUGACAUCUGCUGCCCACUGGCUUCUAACUUCCAAUAAAUGCACCCCCCCCCCAUUCCUGUUUCUCAGGAGCUCAUUCCCACCCCCCACCUUUCUUCCAUGGUCUUCUGACCUGUCAGAGUCCCCUUUAUCUCUUUCACCAAGCAACUUCCCAGCCCUUUGCUUCACCCAUCACUUGCCACCUUGUACUCCUUCCUUCUCCACUUCCCUUCCAGUUCUGAUGAAGGGUCUUGUCUGAAACCUUGACUGUUUAAAUAAUUCUAUCCAUGGAUGCUGCCUGACCUGCUGAGUUCCUCCAGCAUUUUGUGCACGUUACUUUGGAUUUCCAGCCUAAGAUUUUCUAAUACCAGAAAGAACUGCAAGGUUCCUCAAGGGCAUUCCGGCAGUGGCAGCUUUGAGGUUCAAUGAUGUAGUGGAUGAUACUCCAAGUAGCAGAACAACUUACAUUGUGAAUUGGAUCAUCUGCCAAGUGCAGUGCGGCUACUAAACAAGGGAUAAUGUAAAAGGCCACAGAAUCAAUAGUGCAAACCCUGCCAUAAUUUUUUUUAAAAAUGACUGCUGCCUUGAGUACUGUGUACAGACAUUCAGAGUGGAAUCCAUCAUAGCUAUAACUCAUCUGAAUGAAUAGCAUUAUCGGUCGAUACUGGGAAGCCUGGAAUCUUGAAGUUGUGCACUCAUUUAGCCCAGGGUUGUCUUGCAACGGAGAAUGAAACAUAUUAGAGUCUAAAACUCUGAUACAACAGUACAUCAACUGAUAUAUUGUAGAUAUUUGGGUGACAUUAUGGCACAAAUUGUAGAGGUGCUACCUCACAGCUGCAGAGGCUCCAGUUCAGUUUGGCCUUCAGUGCUGCCAUGUGGAUUUUGCAGUUUUUGCCUGUGACUAUGUAUUUCCUCUAGGUACUCUAGUUUCCACCUACAUUACAAAGCUAUUCAGUUGGCCAAAGCUGUAAUUGGUCACUGUAAAUUGUACCUAGUUUGGGUAGGGAGUUGAUAGGAAUGUGAGGAACAAAGGGUUACAAGAAAAAGUGGGUAAUAAGAGCAACACACGCUAAAUACUGGAGGAACUCAGCAGGCCAGGCAACAUCUAUGGAAAAGAGUACAGUAGACAUUUCGGGCUGAAACCCUUCAGCAGAACAUCGACUACUCAUUUCCAUAGAUGCUGCCUGGCCUGCUGAGUUCCUCCAGCAUUUUGUGUGUGUUGCUAUGAUUUCCAGCAUCUGCAGAUUUUCUCAUUUAUUAGUGGGGAAUAAGAUUACUUUGUGUGCUGAUAAGAGAUUCGAUGAGCUGAAAAAGGCAAAAAGGAUAAAAUCUCUGACCUAAACAGACAAUGCAAGACUCACAACACGCUGGAGGAACUCAGCAGGUCGGGCAGCAUCCGUGGAAAUGAUCGGUCAAUGUUUCGGGCCGGAACCCUUCACUUUGACCCCAGCAUCUGCAGAGUAUUUUGUGUGUGCGGACAAUGCGAGAAUCUGACAUUAUCUUAACAUCCACUUCUGGCCCUUUCUAUUGACAAAGCUGUGCAGCCUCCCAACCACCACUGCCACUCUGUAUCAGUAAACCUGAGUGCCUCCUGUAGACUUGCAACUAUUCUUCAAUCUUUGCUGCCUGAAGCCAGACCACACUCUGCCAUUCUAGUGUUGAGCUCAGUUUCCCAUUGUCAAAUCCUAUGUACAGUGGAUUCCCCAGAUAAGGACUUGGAAAAUACUUGGACACAGCUUGCACAGGGCAAUCUAGAGCACUAAUUGUAGGUGAUUUACAGUUGAGACAUGCUCAGGAACUUCAACUGAGACACUUCACACUACUGGGAAUCAAUAGCAAUCAAGCACACUAAUGGUACUUGGCUUUUGAAGAGACCCAGAAUCCACGAUUUGCACACAGCAGUCCUUGGUGAACAAAUCUUCAGCAGGCAGCCUUGUGUGAGUGAAGAGGUAGUGAGAUGACACUAUGGUUGCAAACUUGAGAAAAUCUGUGUGGCAUGGUAGUUGGGGUCUUUUGAGUAUCUCAACAGUAGCUGACACUUAAUUUGUAACUAUUAAGUGAAGCUGAUGCAUGGCAGCUGAGCCAGGUGAAUGCACAGGCACCUUGUGAGAGAUCUGGAGCCUUUCAGUGUUCCAGAUGACCAGAUCUAGAGUCCUUCAUCUGCAGCAGUCUGAGCAUUGUUUCAGUAACAGUGGCGCGUCUUUUGCGAUAAGCAUCUGCAUAUAACCACCAUGUAUAGAUGAAAGCUACGAUAGUCAUCUUCCAAGCUGACCUCAAUCACCGACAAUUUUCCCUUUUUAUACAUUGUUCACAUCUCAGAAGAGUGCAGCACCACAACAUGGCAGUAAUGCUAGGUGAUUAAUGGUGUAGUUGCCUGUGAUCUGCAGAUGCUCUGUUUCAAGAUAAAGGACAUCAAUGAACAGCUAAGGAAGUCAGAAAAGCCAAAGGACAUGAUCCACCUUAGUGCCAAUGACAUAGGGUAAGAGAAGGAAGCAUAGCUUAGCAAGCUAGGAGAGGUCAAAAAGCAAAACCUCAAAGGUUGUAACCUUAGGAUUAUUUCCAGUGCACAUGCUACUAAAAACAAAAGAGCAGAUAUUUGAAGCACUUUUUUUUUGCAGCAUUUGAGACCUGUGAAAAAUGAACAGGUUGAUCUCAGGAGGGAUGGGACCUACUUUCUUACAAGAGUUUGCAACUGGAGAGAAUUUAAACUAAAAAAGUAGCAAGUGAAAUAAAUAGAAGCAAGUCAAAUAGCAAAAGGGAUUAAAGUACAGAACAAUUCUAAAAUGAACAAGAUAUAGAAUCUGAAUACUGGCAAAGUGGCAAAUAAAUUAAUGGCACAUGAAAAAACAUCCAUGACAACAGACUGAGCAAGGCUGUGAGCUAAAUUUCAGGUUACUCAACAUGAGAAGGAAAAGGAGUGGUUUAGAAAAAGGGAGAUCUGUACAGUGGUGAGGAAUAAUCUUGCUGCGACAGAUGAUUAAGAUUCAUUUGGCCUGAGCAAGGGCAAGAAAAUUAGUCAAGGGCAGAAAAUAUUGAAUAGAAUUACUCAUAGGCUAACAAAUAGUUGUAAUGUUGGGCACACAGCAAAAAUCAAGAAAUUUAGAUGUGUAACACACUAAUUAUGAGACAACCUACAUUUAGAUUUUUUUUUAACCAGCCAAAAAUUGUGCAAUUUAUGGAAUGUAUGAUGCACAAUUCUAGAUCAAAUUGUUGAGGGAUCUACUAGGUAAAAGGAUACUUUGGAUCCUUAUUUUACAUAGCAACCUGUGUUUAAUUCUGCCAUUGUAAGGAGUUUGUAUGUUUCCAGGACCACGUGGAUUUCCUCUGGUUUCCUCCCACAUUCCAAAGACAUACACGUUAGUAGGUUCUGGUCACAUGGGCGAAAUUGGACAGACAAACUAACUGGGCCAGAUGUUGUGCUGUAUUUCUAAGUAAAAAAUAAUCUGAUUGUCAAAGGGCAAGGGACCAUGGCUGUAUAAUACAAUGAACUUGAAAAUAUUUUUCAAAGCAUAACCAAGGUCUUAAAUCUAAACAAAAUAGUGAAGAUACAAGUGGAAACUUAAGUGGUUAAUUGAGAGAAUACAUUUAAAAGCAUGACAGUGGACAAAAUGCAUAACAGUUGAAUGCUUAAAUUGCAAAAAAAAAUUCCUUGAAGACAAAACCAAAAAGCCAUUUAUCCACAGCUGAGCAGAGGUUUAUGAAGUUGCCAGAAAUAAGCCUGAGGAUGAGGAAGUUUUAAGAAUUCAAGGGGCCAUGAAAUUAAGAAAAGGAAAACAGAGUGCUAGUGCAGACUAUUGAUAAAUAGGGAAAAUAGAACCAUAAAUUUUAUUUAGAAUUAAUUUGUAUUAGCCUUCAUGGAAUACAAAGCCUGUUACACAUAUUAAAGAAUCAAGAGUCAUGCCAGUAUGAGGAAUUGAAAGUAGCUCAUUAAUACUGGAGUAAUUGGCAACUUGAAAGCUGAUGGAUCCCAAAGAAUGAUGACCCACAUUCCACAAUUUGAAAAGAUGUUCUGGUUAUCUUCCAAGGCAGCGCCGGUUCUGUAAAUGUUAACUCCUUCACUGUUAGCCUGAAAUCUGUAAUGAAGGCUGUAAUUACAGACACCUGGCAAAGAACAGUAUUAAACAGCCUUUCAUUGAUCGUGUUUCUUGUAUUUACUGUCAAUGCCCGCAAGAAAAUGAAUCUCAGGAUUGUAUAUGGUGACACAUAUUGUAUGUACUUUGAUAAUAAAUUUACAUUGAACUUUCAACAUGCAUUUGUGAGAGCCAGUCAUUUUUGAUUAAAAUGCUAGGAUAUCACUAGAAUAGAUAAGGGAUUUUCAGUCGAUAUGGUGCCCUUGGAUUUGCAAGAUUUUCAAUGAGAUUCAGGGACUGUUCAAGUAAAAUUUCACUGAAAUGCAAAAUUCUUAAUGGAUAGAGUAGUGGGGGGACAUUCUCACAGAUGUAGACACAAACCAUAAAGAUACUGCACCAGCAUCUCUACUUACGGGAUUGAAGACUGACAGAUGUCUACAGACGGAAAGCAUUCUGACUUGUUUCACUCCUGGUAUGGUAAUUCCAAUGUACAAAAACACAAAAGGCUACAAAGUAGUAGACUUGGCUGGUUCCAUCACAGGUGCAGCUUCCUCACCAAGGACAUUCACAAGAGGCAAUGCCUUAGAAAUGUGGCAUUUGUCACCCACUACCACACUGCCCUCCUCAAUGCUGCUGUCAGGAGCUGGAAGACUUGUAUCUCAGUGUUCAACAAAAGCUUCAUUCCUACUGCCAUCAUGUUCUUAAACAGUCCUGAAAAGCUUUAACUUUACUUCAGACUGUUUAUUUCCUCCAAUUUGCACUGGUGCUGUUUGUGUAUUUUGCAUUUGAGUGUGUUAUUUAUGUUUGUCCAUGUGACAUAUGCUGCUGCAAAAAGCUUAUUUCCAUAGUAUCUAUACCCUGGGUAUUUACAC